CUUUCAAAUCAUUCCUAUUUGACCAAAAUCUCUACACUUUUUGUAACGUCAAAACCCAAUUCAGAUACAUCUAUUUUUUUGACAUUUUAUGAUCCAAACAUAUCCAGCGUACGAGAUUAUUGACAUUCAUUGAAACAAUAUCUCGCUCAAUUACCACAUUUUUUAUCUAAAAUUCUUUUUUUACAUACACAAAAUUAUAUUUCUUCCCUCUUCCUUCACAACCCCCCUAAUCCUACAUAACAACCUUACAUAUUAAUUUUCAUAUAAUUUAUACAUAUUCACUAUGAGCAACACAUCACCUACUACAUUAUUACUCCAAGACCUUAUCAGUGCACCUUCUAAAGCAGAAUCAAUUUUGGAAUGCCUCACUGCUGAUCAAAUCAUCAUGAUUGAAGACACAAUUAAUAGAAUUAAGCGUAGAAAAAUGGAUAAAUCGCAACUUCCUUCUCCCGUCGCCUCUCCUCCCACUGUAUCAAAAGAUAUCAUGAUGGAAAACACAUCCUCUGCUUCUGCCAUCGCCAAUGCCUUGGCUGCAGCAAUGGUUUCAGCCGCGUUACAAGCACCUGCCGCCGCUGCUGCUGCUGCUGCUGCUGCCGCUGCCGCUUCUGCUUCUGCUGCUUCUGCCACCAACACCAACAUGUCCGUUCACAAUAAAACCGUGACUCCUGCCAAGACAGUCACCAACAAUGUUACUUCCAAUGAUCCUAUUGCUGAAGUCAAGGACGGUGUUGAAUGGGUCUCAUUCGUCUACUCUCACAACCGUACUUUGAAGCGUUACUCUAUCAGAACUGAUAUUCAAAAAGUCGCAUUAGAUGUUGUUGACGAUAAAUUUAAAGCUGAAAAUUGCGUCUAUCCCCGUGCUAAUCUCCCCAAGGAAACCUACAAGGGAAAUAGAUGGUCUUAUGAAACUGAGUGUAAUGAUUUAGGUUGGAAACUUGCAUGGUUAAAUAAGUCGGAAAUUGCUGGUAAGCGUGGUUUGAUUCAGCGCGCUGUGGACUCCUACCGUAAUCGUUACCCAAGCAUGCGAUCAAGACGUGUCGCUCGUCAAGAAAAGUUAUUGAAUGGCACACUCCGCAAAAGAAAGAAUAGAGAAGAAGACGAGGAAUCUUCCGCCACGUUAAAUGCUGGUUCCAUUACGGGCGCCGCUCUUUCAUUAAACUCAGCCAACCAACCUUCCACUUCAUUAGAGGCUGCUACCAUCAAGCCAGCCCAUCAACCCAAGACUAUCGCUAUUGAUGAUUUAAUCACUCACACUCGCUAUCGUAUCAAGAUUAACGUGGAGACGAUUUCUUUGGAUGAAAUUUCUGCUGAUUUCCGUAAACAGAACUGUCCCUUCCCUAGAGCCUUCAACAACAAUGAUCCUGAGCAAUACGUUGGUGGUCGUGCUAGAUGGAUCGAAGAUACAAUGUGCAAUGAACUUUGCUGGAAAUUGGCAUAUUUGAAUCCUAGAGUGUUGGCUGGAAAGAAGAAUUUGCUUCAACGUGCUUUGGAUGUCUACCGUGCCAAGUUCAUGCCCACUCUUCAGCCUCGUAAAUAUUCUUCACGCUCGCCUCCUGCUAGAGUGAUUGAAACUCCUACGGCUACAAUUGAACAACAGCAACUUCUCAAGAUGAUGCCUCCUACCAUGUCUACACCAUUGACUGCCUCUGCUCUUUCAGCUCAAAACGCGCUAUUCGAACAAAAGAAGAAGACAAAGAAGAGUAAGAUCAGCCACAAAACCACAGGUUCACCUGUUAUGUCCUGUGCCAGCGGUACAACAGCAUCUCUUGACUUCGGUGAUUGCUUCUCGCUGGACGAUGAAGUACCUCAUAUUACCACUACUACUAAUUCUAAUAAUAACAACACCAUCAAGUCAAUCAACCUGACAAGUUUACCUCGUCAAAUCGAUCAAGACCCUAUGAUUUCACCAUCCUAUGACUCCAUGUACGCCGAUGCUCACUUCUCACCUUUUGAUGAAUCCAUUAGCUGUCAUACUUCCUCAUCCUCGUCCAACAGUAUUGCCUGUACACCAAGUCCACCCGUGACAGCCGACUUUUUUGGUUUUGCCGACGCCGAUCUUUAUGACUCGUUCAUGUUACCGCCCGUCAAUGAUACGUUUAUGUUGCUUGAUUCCAACAAUAGCGACAUGAAAUGUUAUGACUCCCUUAUGUCUCCUUCCCUCCCAUCCAGUGCUGUUCAACAGCAAGAUCUGGUGAAACUGGAAGAAGAUUUCCAAGACAAUUUUGCUGCUGCUGCUCACUUAUUGGAUCCUCUUUUCUAAAUUCCUUUUUGACAUCUUUCUCCUCAUCUAAUAUCCGUGUAAAUAUUUCUAUCACUCCCCCUCACCCGUAUAUCAUAAAAUCAUACUUUUAAUUAUCUAAACCCAAAAAUCCCUACACAACCCCCCCCCCUCCCCAAAAAAAACUCUUUUUUCUUAGAAUCUAUAUGUACAACUUUUCCCACCCCACUCUCCCAAAAAUAACCUUUUUUUAUUUUAUUUUACUUCUUAUAUACACCUCAAGUUAACCGACAAUCUAUGUUGACUAUUUAUUAUUUUUCUCCCUCAUCUUCUGUAUAAAAAAAAAAACCUCAAUAAAAAUUCAUUUGUCUUCAUUUUUCACACUUUAAAAAAAAA